CAGCAAAUUACCGCCUCCAAGAAUGUUUUAAAUGCAAACCCGAGUCAGGACCUGCGAAGUGUUGCACGACCAUGUUCCGCAGACUGAUGGGUCGAGAUAGCGUCCAAGCUAGCCGGCUUUCCUGGCCGAAUACAGAAUCUUCGCGCAGAGUGAAUGUCUAUUGUUCCCUUCCUAAUGGGUCUCACUAGCAUAUCCCUAAUGGGUCUUAGCAUAUCGCGGGGAUCAGCAACCGCCUAUCGACCUAUAAGACGUUCUUCUUCCCAUUUCCUCCAUCAGGAUAUCCGUUCUCUAUCUUCGCGGAGCCUGGAUGACUACCGCAGUUUUCUGGGCGAUAAUUGUCCCCUAUCUAGUGUAUCGAGCGGCAUGGAUGGUCCUUCGAAGCUACUUCGUUAACACGACGACCGUGCUGAAUGACCUUGAACUACUAAGGAAGACCCCCAGCGCUCAGAAGGUCCCGGGGACCGCUGUGAUUGCUGGAGGCAGCCUAGCGGGAUAUAUCUCGGCGCGAAUUUUGGUAGAUUACUUUGAGAAGAUAGUUAUCAUUGAGCCUGAAGUUGAUAUCACGCUUCAUGGCCGCGCUUCACAACGCGCUCAUUUCCAUGGCUUUCUGUCAACAUCAUUGAUCAUUCUUCGCGGACUAUUCUCAAAUUUUGAUGAGGAGGCUGCUAAGCACGAAGUGUAUCUACUUCCCCCGUUCAGGCACUGGUGGAUGGGAAAUUCAUACCUUGGUGACUUGGAAGCGAAGAGGUUACACCACGUUGCUGGCUCGCGAUUUUCUAUGGAGAACCUUUGCCGCCACCUCUCAAUUGCAUAUUGUGGUGAAAACCUCCAGGUCAUACAAGGAGUUGUCAUUGAUGCGGAAGCUUCAUCCGACGAGAAGACAGUUUGCUCGGUUUCUUUCCGUCGUACUUCGGAUGAUCCACAAACAAUUUCAACUAUACCAUGCGCACUGCUUGCAGAUUGCUCUGGUUCCUCCUCCAUUGGCAUGAAACUAUUGCCUGCAGCUUCCGGGGCAUGGGGCCCCUUCAAGCGUGCGUCAUACAAUCCCAAAGCUAAAUACUACAGUACCACUUUUCGGCUGUCUCCUGAAACUCAAGAAAGCGUAUCAAGAUCGCUUCCUAAACGCCAUCCGGACUUUGGAGAAUGGGAACAUUGUGGUAUCGUGGGAUUAGUUUCCCCCAUGAUCGAGAAGGUUGGACGAGAGUUAUUUGGAUACCAGAGAAUCGAUGGGGAUCGACUACUCCUCCUGUACGGUGGAUGGGAUGUCGAGACGUGCCCUCGGACGAUAGCUCAAUACGUCGAAUUAGCUUGGCAGUCGUAUGCCAAAGCGUUCCCUAAGGAGUGUCAUAGUAGAGACGAAUGGUUUUUCAACACCCUCCAGGUCGCUGGUAAAGGUGAAAAUCUGCUGGACGAACCUCUUAAAUGGGACCACUACAAUCUAAACAGCUGUUCUUGGAACGAUUACGCUCUUAAAUCGAUCCCGAACAACUUUAUUGCGGUCGGCGAUUCCCUAAUGCGUGUGAAUCCGUUCUUUGGACAAGGCGUUACCAAACUUCUCUGCAAUGCCACUAUUCUAAAUUCCACGUUGUAUAAAAUGCUAGGAAAGUCCACCGUGCCUCGGGCUGAGCUGCCAUCGGGCUUCUCCCAUACUUAUUUCAAGCGUGUUCUUCCCAUCGACAAGGGCAUGUUUGAUACGACCCGUAUGUUAGAUUAUGGUUACAAGACGACCGUUCCGUCGGCGGGGGACACGUUGGAGUUUGGUGCUGGAUUCAGGAAAUAUUGGGCAGCUCUUGUGAACUUUGUGGUCCACGAUGCUAAGGCCUUUGUAAUAUUGGACGAUGUGUUAUGCGGAUAUCGACCCGCGAUAGACUUGAUGAGCCCAUCCUUAAUUCUCAAGUCGCUAUUUUGGAUGUGGUGGUCACCUCCAAAGUCUGUCGAAGAAUGAUACGGUUGUCCUUUGGGCCUGAAGCCUCGUCAGAAACUAUUCCUUCUGUAUUUUUCAUUUCUCUUUCGCAGAUCUGCUAGUAAUAUUUGUAAAAAUUAGCAAUGCUGUGAAGCUUUGAAUUUCGGGAUGUCCGGG